GAUUUGCUUCCGGUUUAGCUAGCGCCUUCCGGUCGUCAUGGCGACAGGGCGUCUUGGGGUAGGGGAGAUACUAGGGGCCCUAAAUGCGGCUUUAGGGCCAGGAGACCCGGUGUGGUUCAAAGAGACACAUGCCCGGCACCUGCGAGUGCGAGACUUCCUGGCGCCGCGAUGCGCACUACAAGCGCGCUUCGCGAACGGGCAGGUGCCCGAGCGUGUGCUCCAUGCCCUUGUUGGCUUGCAAGGCCCCGGAGUGGCCCCAGUGCUGUGCUGCGCGCCGACACCCGCGGGCUUGUCGCUCCAGCUUCAGCGGCCUGCAGUCUUCCAGCGCGUCCUUGGCGCCGUGGCCUCCUAUGCUACGCCGGCCAACUGCGCUUCACCUGGCCUGCGCAUCCUCCUGCAUUGCCCAUCGUUGCGCUGCAGACCUGGUGCUCUCCGCUUGAGCCAGCUGCGCGCCGUACUCGUGGCUGAUCACCUGGCGCGAGCUCUGCACGGUCAAGGGGUGUGUGUGCGUUUAGUUCCCGCAGUGCCGGACCCGCAUAUGCCAGCCUUCCUGAAGAAGCUGCGAGUAGACUGGCCCACUGCCUCGGAAAGAGUAUCGGCAGAAACCCUAAGAAGACUCGUGCUUGCAAAGUUCACCUCUGCCCAAGACCAGGAUACACUACCCCCCGGUGUCCUGGGCAGACUGGACCUGAAGGAGCUGGUGGAAGAACAGGGCCAUGGGGCUGGCUAUGACCCCAACGUGAACAACUGUCUGGUGACUGAGGAGCUGCUGUGUGUGUUAGCUGAGCUGCAGGAAGCUGUGCAACACUGGCCCGAGGGCAACUACCCAGUCCUGGCCCCAGAUUCUGACAACUGCAUGGUUAUACACGUGGUGAGCUGUGAAGAGGAGUUCCAGCAACAGAAGUUGGACCUGCUUUGGUGGAAACUGGAUGAUCAGGCUCCUCUCAGACAGAAACAUCUGAUCUGUGGCCCAGUGAAAGGAGCUGGUGCAGCCGGCACUCUGAUGACUGCCCCUGAGUACUAUGAGCUUCGGCAUGCCCAGGUGUGCAAGGCCUCAGCACUGAAGCAUGGUAGCCAUCUGGCACAAGACCCGGCAUGGACAGAGAUCUCUGAGGUUCUCACUGUGGCCACCAUCAAGUUUGAGAUGCUGAGCACAGCCCCACAGAGUCAGCUCCUUCUCACUGACAUCAUCUCCACAAAGGGCACAAAAAGUGGCAUCUUUGUCAUGUAUAACUGUGCCCGUCUUGCCACACUCUUUGAGGGUUACAAGCGCAAUAUGGAACAAGGUCUGUACCCCACUUUUCCAUCUGUGAAAAGUCUGGACUUCUCACUGUUGCAUGAUGAGGGGGAGUGGCUGCUGCUCUUCAAUAGUGUCCUUCCCUUCCCGGACCUGCUAAGCCAGACUGCAGGUCUGGCCUGCACUGGCCCAGGGCUCCACAUAAGUGCUCGUACAGAAACAGUAUGCAAGUUCCUGGUACAGCUCAGCAUGGACUUCAGUUCAUACUACAACCGGGUACACGUACUAGGGGUGAGCACACAGCAGAAGGGUGUGUGUGGGAGGUGCAGAAGGCUACAGAGUGAAGCAGAGGAUGAGACCAGUAGGUCCCUUCUCCUUCAGGAGGCUCGGCCACAUCUCUUUGGUCAGAUGUUUGCCCGCCUGCAACUUCUAAGAGCCAUUCGUGAGGUGCUCCACGCUGGCCUGGCUAUGCUGGGUCUCCCACCACUGAGCCACAUCUAACACCACAGAGAGCUCAACAUCUGGGAAUGUUUACAAAAUCAUCAACUGGGAAAAGAAAAUAAUAGCCACAGAUGUUAGGACCUUGGAACCAAAAUAAAUUGCUUGU